GCAGCCCCGCCCGCCGGCUGCCGGCUCCCGGGUCUGAUUGCGGAGCGCUGCCCGGCCGUGAUGGGCAGCGGCGGUGGCGGCGGCGCGGGGAACAAAGUUUGCGGCACUCCGGCCCCGCGCUGCCCGUGGCCCUGAUGCCCGCGGCGGGAGGCGGCGCCUGAAGGCAGCGGGGCGCCGUGCUGGGCUGCUGCCGGCGCGGCUCUCGCAAAGUUUCAGCUAUUUUAAUGUCCUAAAGCCCAGGAUUCUAAUUAUCAGCCCUCCCUACCCCCACCUCUCCUUCUAGGUAGGCGACAAAUAUUUCUAUUCUGUGGAUUAGAGAACUUUUUUGCAUGGAAAUUUACUGACUUCCGAGUGGUCUCCAUUUCGGGGAAAGGAGGGAAAGGAUUUAUUUUCAUCGCAGUUUAUUUUUGUUUUCUGGAUCACAGGUUUUUUUGGAGCUAUAUGGAGGGAUCUCAGGAUGGUGUGCACCAGGAAAACCAAAACUUUAGUGUCCACUUGCGUGAUUUUGAGUGGAAUGACUAACAUCGUCUGCCUGCUGUACGUGGGCUGGGUCACCAACUACAUUGCCAGUGUUUAUGUGAAAGUGCAGGAGCCGAUCUCAGAAAAAAAGUUAGAGGAAGACAAAGGGGACACUUUAAGGAUUAUAGAAAGGCUGGACCAUUUGGAAAAUGUCAUCAAGCAGCACAUCCAAGAAGCUCCACCAAAACUGGAAGAAAAUCCUGCUGAAGCAUUCACUGACUCAUCUCUCUUUGCUCACUGGGGCCAGGAUCUCAGUCCUGAAAACAGACGGAUUGCACUGAAACAAUUCCAGUAUUAUGGCUACAAUGCUUACCUGAGUGAUCGCUUACCACUGGACAGGCCCUUGCCUGACCUUAGGCCUAACGGGUGCAGAAACCUUACAUUUCCUGAGAGGCUUCCUGAGGUCAGUAUUGUAUUCAUCUUUGUUAAUGAAGCUCUCUCGGUGAUUCUGCGCUCCAUCCAUUCAGCCAUUGACCGGACUCCUGCUCAUCUGCUCAAAGAAAUUAUUUUAGUUGAUGAUAACAGUAAUAAUGAAGAACUCAAGGAGAAGCUAAAGAAGUAUGUUGAUGAAGUGAAUGCCCGUAAGCCUGGUUUCAUCAAGGUUGUUCGACACAGCAAACAAGAGGGGCUGAUUCGAUCUCGAGUUAGCGGAUGGAGAGUAGCCACAGCACCUGUAGUUGCUCUCUUUGAUGCCCAUGUGGAAUUCAAUGUAGGAUGGGCUGAACCAGUGCUUACUAGGAUAAAAGAAAACAGAAAAAGAGUAAUUUCUCCAUCAUUUGAUAAUAUUAAGUAUGAUAAUUUUGAAAUAGAGGAGUAUCCCCUCUCAGCACAGGGAUUUGACUGGGAGCUGUGGUGCCGAUACUUGAAUCCUCCUAAGUCAUGGUGGAAACUGGAAAACACAACUGCUCCAAUAAGAAGUCCUGCAUUGAUUGGAUGCUUCAUAGUAGAUAGAGAAUACUUCCAAGAGAUUGGCUUACUGGAUGAAGGCAUGGAAGUAUACGGAGGAGAGAAUGUAGAGCUGGGGAUCAGGGUAUGGCAAUGUGGAGGAAGUGUUGAAGUUUUGCCUUGCUCCAGGAUUGCCCACAUUGAAAGAGCACAUAAACCAUACACAGAAGAUCUAACUGCUCAUGUCCGGAGAAAUGCACUAAGGGUGGCUGAAGUCUGGAUGGACGAAUUUAAGAGCCAUGUGUAUAUGGCAUGGAACAUACCCCAGGAGGACUCUGGAAUUGAUAUUGGUGAUAUUUCUGAGAGGAAAGCCUUGAGGAAAAAACUCCAGUGCAAGACCUUUAGGUGGUAUCUUGUCAGUGUGUAUCCGGAAAUGAGAAUGUAUUCAGAUACUGUCGCCUAUGGGGUGCUGCAGAAUUCCCUGAAAAGUGAUUUGUGCCUUGAUCAAGGGCCAGACACAGAGAAUAUCCCAAUCAUGUAUAUCUGCCAUGGAAUGACACCACAGAAUGUUUAUUACACAAGCAAUCAGCAGCUCCAUGUGGGUGUUCUGAGUCCCACUAUCGACGAUGAUGACAACAGAUGCCUGGUGGAUGUGAACAGCAGGCCCAGGCUCAUUGAAUGCAAUUAUGCCAAAGCCAAGAGAAUGAAGCUUUACUGGCAGUUUACUCAGAUAUCCAGACAGGCUCCAUCCAAAAAUCACAGAUGACAGUUGCUGCUGACAGGGUACUGCAUGGCAUUAUAAUGACAUCUAUGCAAAAGAAUGGCCAAAUCCAGAAUGUUUUCUACAAUUUGACCAAUAACCAACACUUCCCAAAUAAAAGGGCUGGGUUUUGGGAGAUCUGAGCUCUGUUCUUAGUCCUUUGUUUGCAUUACUGGACCAGUCACUUCUUGGUCUCUGCACUCCUCAGCUGCAAGACAGAUGGAAUCAUUUUUAUCUUUAGCAAACAUAAUAUUAUUUCUAAUUUCCCAAGUGAAAACAAAACUCUGUCCUGAUCAAGUCAGUACAAGUUGCAUCUUUAAUUCCAGCGGAAACAAGAAUAUGUAUGUAAGCAAGUUUUGGCUACCAAAAAACACCCUACAAACCAAGAUGCAAAUGCUUGAGGAAAAUGUUCACUUGGAAGGCAAUUAAAUCAGGAGGCCAUAAUUUAUAUAUAUGAUGAGAAAAAAGUUUGUUACUUAGUGAGAUGACCAGGCCAUCAAGUUUGGUAUCCUGAACCUGACAGGGACAAUAUUCAGUAUAACAGACAAAAAAUAGGUUAUUUCCAUUGGCUGUGUAAACUGUGCAAGGUUUGUGCAGCAGCUGCAAGGAGGUUGCUUUCCCAGUAUCAAUUAGCAUCAACUAACUGUUUGUGUGGUUACUGGAGAAAAAGCCAUUUUAAGUAACUAGAUACUCUGACCAGAGUCCAAAACAGCCCAGCCUAAAUUCCCAUGUUAUAAUAUGCAGAUCGAUUGCAAUACUAGUGCAAAUUCAUUUCUUAAUUUCCUUCAGUUGGCACUCAAUUUAUUUCUUCGUCUCUAGAGAUUGGUUUAAUCAUAAGCAUAUAAUGACAAUGCAAAGAGUUCAGUUUCUGGGUUAAAAUUAGUUAGGAAGCCUUCAUAUUGAGCACUCUGAUUAGAAAAAUCUAGACUAAUUGAAUACACCACACACACAAGAAGUAAAACUGUCAUUCAAUUUUUUUGUUUUCCAAAAGAGUUAACAUUUUAGUAAGAUUUAAGCCUCACAAAGAAAUAGGAAUACAUAUUUUCUCUCAUCUAGACCCCAUAAAUCUUUGGCAAUCUGUUAA